UUAAAUUUUCAGAUUGAAAAUCAAAAUGAGCAGCAGUUUAUGAAAGGAAAACUGGAUAAAGAUGUUCAAACGCCGUGGUACAAAGAACGAAAUGUAUGUUUGUUUGGUCGUAAAAGCGCAUCCGGAACUGGUGAAUUAUUUUAUCGAGCACGACCAACUUCGGAAUGUGAUCCAAGUUUAAAAUCAGGGAUUUUUUAUCAGAUAUUUCGCGAUUACACUACCCCCUCAUUGUGGUCUCAUAAAUUUCAGACGGCGUUAAAUUUGAUACGAGAUGCGAUGAAGCAUUUGGAUGCUCAAAUAAAAGGUGAUGGUGCUAAUUUCAUGGAUACUCAAAUGCGAGAAGCUACGAAACUACACAGGAAAAAUUGAAGCAUUCAUUUCAUUUUCUUUUGCCUCUUUUUCAAGUAUCAAUCGAUUUCAUAUAUAAUUAAGUUUAUAGGGUCACAUUAAUGAUAAUGUUAAUGAUAAUGUUAUUAAUGUUAAUGUUAGUGAAGGAGCAACAAUAAAGAGCAACAAUAACGAGCAACAAUA